AUGAAAAGAUCCCACCGCCUCGUCACCGGCGUUCCCCUGCAGAGGAAAUGCCUUCUCCUCUUCUCGCUCAUCGCUCCGGUCCUCAUCCUGUCGCUCGUUCUCGCUGCCGCCCUCGGCCAAUCAAGGCUCCUUUUGUCGCGCGAAUCGUCUUAUUCUGCGGCGGGGCAGCUCCCCAGGUAUCUGCCGAAGCUGGCGUACUUGAUCUCCGGCACCCGUGGGGAGGGGGCAAGGCUCCGUCGCCUGCUCCAGGCUGUGUACCACCCGAGCAAUUUCUACGUCGUCCACAUCGCCGCAUCGCCGGAUGAGUGGGCGGAUCUGUGGCAGUACGUGGCGUUGGAACCCGUCUUUCGAGCGCACGACAACGUCCUAGUAAUGGCCGCCGACACGGUCAGCGAGAAGGGGCCGACGGUAGUGGCUUUCACCUUGCACGCGGUCGCAAUCCUGCUGAGGAAAUCCGAGAACUGGGACUGGUUCAUCAAUCUGAAUGCCGCAGAUUAUCCUCUCAUGCCUCAAGAUGGCAAUAUUUCUUUCCCUUCUCUCUGUGCCAUACUCUUUUUUGGAAUAUCCUGUGAAAUGUCGGUGGAGACUUCUUUUUUUUUCUAGUUUCAGUCAGUCAACACAUAAUCCUUAUCAUCAUGUAUCUUCUACGCAUCCACACAUUUAGAUAGCAGAGAAUUUUUGUCGGUGAUUUCAGUCAUGGAGCUUUCCAAAAAUUAGGGAACUUGUUGGCAUUAGUACGAUCAAACAAAGGUUUUGGAUCUCUCCAACUGGUGAAGAACUUAAUGCGUCCGAACAUAUCUGCAGUAAUAAACAGUUUUUUUUCGAUUGUUUCAAGAUACAUCUUCAUUAACUGGUUAUCUUUUUUUCUAUUAAAUGUAGAUGAAAGAGAAGUCUUUAAUCUUUAUUUUCUGUUCAAUUCAUGACAUCCUUGCAAUUGAAUAUAGCCGCAUGAAGGUGUCGAUAAUAAUCUCAACCAGAGGCAUAGUCUGGCAAUAAUAAUUCAUACUUCUUUCUUUUAUCCAUGUUAGGCAAUUUCUGUACAUCUUUGGUGGCUCUCUGACGUUUCUCACUUCUGUACGUUCUCUUUACUGCAGAUCUUAUCCAUAUUUUCUCCUACCUUCCCAGGGAUCUGAAUUUCAUUGGGCACACGAGUAAAAUUGGGUGGAAAGAGUGAGCAUGGCAUUUCUACUUUCUCUUAGGAUGUAGUUUUUAUACUUUGCAUUAUCUGAACAUUUGGCGACUCUUGUUUCUUUUUCCAUGCAUGAAGGUUUGAAAGGGUGAGGCCCGUCAUUGUCGAUCCAGCCUUGUAUGAUUCAAACAAAACGGAGGUGUUUUGGGCUAAAGAGAAAAGAAGUGUGCCUUCUUCUUUCAAAUUGUUUGUAGGUAUGGCUUCAUGAUUAGCUUUUGAUCUUUUGUAGUAUUGAUUGCAUGCCAAAAUCAUCAUAAAUAUUUAUACUGUUUCUAGGCAAUCUGUGGGAUUAGAACAAUGGUUCUAAAAUCAACAUUAAAUGUUCCUCAUGAGAGAUUAAAUAAAUCAGCAGGUACCAUUUUUCCCGUUAUUCAAAGAGAUGGAUAAAAUGCUUUGAAGAGAUUUCGUUUUUGUGGAGUAAAUAUAAAAUGUUGGUGGUGCGGAAUCUUCCUAGGCUUGUACAAAACGCUAUUUUUCUCUUGUUCCAUUUGCUUUAAGUUUGGGUUUUCUGACCGAUGUUAUUAGUUUGAAAUCCAGAAUAAAGAUAUUUGGGUAGCUCGAUAUUUUUCGGUUUUGACUCUUUUGUGUUUGGUAAGCAGCAUGAUAAGAACUCCGUGUUCGCAGUAGGUGAGAACACUUAAUAAUUUUCUUAAUGCCUAAUUUAGUGAAGAGAGUAUUCCUAUGUUGUUAGCAUGAAUAUUUGUACUUGAAUUUUAAUUCUAUAUAACCUUGGGAUUGUGUUUGUCUAUAAAUGGUAAUAUGUUGCAGAAAUCAUUUUCGACCUGUUUCAACAAUAGUUUCAAAGAACGUCUGUAAGCAAUCAUAAGUUCAUCUCUUCCAAUUCUUUGGUUGAAAAUGUUUUCUUUUUUUUCUGGAUUUGAGGAGGCAUUAUGGAGCAUACAAUGACGUCUUCUUUCUCAAUAUCUUUAAGUAGUUGUCUCUGCAUCUUUGUGAAUGCUCUUGCCCACAGAGUUUUGAAACUGGUUUUAAACUCUGUCGUGGGGUUUGUGCUUGGGGUGGUGGGUAACCCCAAAAAGAUAUUAUCCUCGGGCACUUAUCUCUUGAGUUUAGUGAUGCCAGUAGUCAGCGGCGGACCAUUCGUUCUCUUUCUUCCUCAGAUUCUUUUCAUUUAUCAUUUUUUCCCUCCCCAUGCUGCCAACUGUGACAACAUGAUGUUCUUAUGUUCUGCAAUGUGGAACACUCUGAUUACCUGCCCAUUUUUGCCAUCCUUGGUUUUUUCACAUGGAGAGAGAGGCUGGACGUGUGUUCUUCAUGGCUUCACUAUGAGUUAUCAGAUCCAGAAAGCGGCUAUUUGUGUCUUUUGGCUUGAUCUUGAUCCUAGGCAGUUGAUCUUGGAAACAGAUGGGUUUUGGGUACAUUAGUAGCUGGGGCUUUCUGACUGUCAGAGACUGGAUCUCUUGCCACUUAUUAGCAUCUGAGGGUAUUGAAAACUAGGAAAGAAGGGAUCUUUACCCCCCCCCCCCUUUUCCUGGUUGUUCUAUGUCAUUACAUUCCCAUAUCUUCACUCCCUCUCUUCUCCUUGUCCCCAACCAACCUGAAACCUUUAGGCCCAGUAGAUGCCACAGACUCUGUUGAACCUUGCUCAUCUCCAAAACUGUCAUUUCACCUUCUGUCCUGGCUUGUACUGCAGAUGAAGAUUUAAUAAAGUGCUUUAUUGUGUGAUUUUGGUUCAUAUAAUGCUCAUCGUAUGAUUGAUCUUCCAAAGGUUUUUGGGUAUUUUUCCUGUUUUUCUCGUGAAUAAUGAAAAGAAUUUGCCCAGUAAGUGAAUGCCAUAUCCAUCUUUGCACUCAGGUAUUCCUCUUUCUCUCGCUGAAUGCCAUAGACAUGCGUGUAUCUUGUGACGUAGAAUGCUUUAUGAAUGCGUUGACUUGACUCUCUGGUAGUUACUUGGGUAAGAAAUCCCGUCCAUCUUAAUUGACCGAAUACUCUGCAUUCAGCUCGCUCUAGCAUAAUCCCGCUAGGAUUUAUCCAGAUUCAUGAGGCAGAAAACGAGAAAAUAUGGUAAAUUCCCAGUUAUGGAUGGCCUCGUGAAUAAAUCAGACACUGCAACUUUGGUCAAACUUAUAUGCCAGUAACUUAUAAAUCAGUCUUCUGUGAUUUGGUCUCAGGGCCGCCCUGGAUGGUGUUGACUCGCUCUUUCCUAGAGUUCUGCAUCUGGGGCUGGGAUAAUCUCCCGCGAACCCUUCUGCUGUACUACACCAACUUCUUGUCAUCUUCGGAGAGCUACUUCCACACCGUCAUCUGCAAUUCCCAGGAGUUCCAGAACACGACCGUCAACCACGGACUGAGGUUCAUGUCGUGGGGAAAUCCGCCCCAGCACCAGCCCCUCCCGUUGGGGUUGCACCAUUUCGACCUCAUGGUGGAAAGCGGGGCGCCCUUCGCCCACAAGCUCCUCCCAGACGACGCCCUCCUGGACAGGAUCGACCGCCAGCUUCUGAGACAAGCCGACGGCCGUUUCACGCCAGGCGGCUGGUACCGGAACGGCUCCACCGUAGGGGUCCGCCGCCGCGGCCGCGGCCGCAGCCGGGGAGUUCGCUAUCAACCCAUCCUCCGGCCCACGGUGGGCUCGGCCCGGCUGGAGAGGUUACUGGUGAAGCUGCUCGAUCCCGAACAGUUCAGGGCCCAGCAAUGUGAGUAA